GGGAUCUCUCAAGCAAGACUUUACUGACUUCCUGAAACACAACUUUUGGACCUUUUUUUUGGACGACUGCAAGAAGCUUAUUGAGGAGACAUGGUGUCGGCUGGCUUUCAGAUAGUGGGCACUGCCCUGUGCAUUAUUGGCUGGAUUGGGGCCAUCGUCGCCUGCGCUCUGCCCCAGUGGAAAGUGACAGCCUUCAUCGGCCAGAGCAUUGUCACUGCUCAAACCAACUGGGAGGGCAUCUGGAUGAGCUGUGUGGUCCAGAGCACAGGCCAGAUGCAGUGCAAGGUUUAUGACUCAAUGCUGGCUCUGAGCUCUGACCUCCAGGCUGCCCGUGCCCUCAUUAUCAUCUCUAUCCUGGUAGGCAUUGUCGGCAUCCUGCUGUCCCUCGCAGGGGGCAAAUGCACCAACUGCGUGGAGGAUGAGGGCUCCAAAGCCAAAAUCGGCGUGGCAUCUGGAGUGGUCUUUAUCAUUGCUGGUGUUAUGUGCCUCAUCCCCGUGUCCUGGACGGCAAACACCAUCAUAAGAGACUUCUACAACCCAAUAAUGAUGAGCUCUCAGAAAAGGGAGCUUGGAGCUGCACUCUUCAUCGGCUGGGGGGCCUCAGCCCUCCUCAUCCUGGGUGGUGCACUCCUCUGUGCCAAUUGCCCUCCCAAGGAUAAUUACUCUGCCAAGUACUCAGCUACCCGUUCAACUGCACCCAAGGACUACGUCUGAGAAGAGAAAAGACAAAUGACAAGGACAAGAGACUGACAAAAGACUUGAUUCAAAUGCUUUGUGGUCCAUGAAAUUGUUUCAUAUUGCCACAAUAUUGUGCAAGAUCUUUAUUUCACAGUGAUUUUAUUGUGCUCAUUUUGAUUUGAUACUUGUUGAGAUACAGCACUUCAUGACUUGUUUCAUCAGUGCCAAGAUUAAGAGAUGUAGCUGUUCAUCUGGACUGAGUGUCAAAAUGUUUGACCAGGUGGAGUGAAAAAAGAUACAUACAACAUGUUUUUGUUACUUUUCCUUUGUUUUCAUCCAUUUGUGCCUUUUUACAUAUCAUUUCAUUUUAAAGUAUGUGUUAUAUGUGACAAUGAAAUUGUAAAUAAAGAUUUUGUUUAUCUACAUUGAA